ACGCACACCAGGAUAGCUUGCUUUUUCUUGCUACCAAGAGCUCACGCCAUUCUUAUUAUUGCUCAGGUCUUGCGCGAGGACGCGUCUUGAGGCUCGAGCUGCAGCUCGUGGCUGAUGAGAUCCAGGCUCGCUUCUGACGACUAGCGAAUACGAGCCUUGGCCGCGAGCUGAGAUACUAGCAGCCAACAGGAUUGAUUUAGCGAAGGUCAGUACCAGACUACCUCAAGAUGUGUGGCACGUGUAGUCAGCUUGCGCGUGCAGGCGGUAUCAUGGUAGGCAGUGGAGCCAUCGACAUCUCAGCCCACACCGCCUGCUCCCAUAACAUGAAGCUUGCGACUCGUUGACUUCGGUCAACCCCUACAGAACGUCGAAUGUGCACGCUGCGCAUACCUAGGUACUCUCGCAAUGAAACCCAAACGAGCUCAAUGGCGAUCUAUCGUCCUUCGUCCCGGAAUCGUGGCUCUGCUCCUAUCCGCAGAGGUCAGCAUCAUUAGCACAAUCGCGACUCUAUGGGUACUUUCGAACGCACGCACGGGUUUCAUGAACGUUGGAUUCCGAGGGUCCAGCUCAGCAGUUUUCAGCGUGCAAGGCGCUCUUGAUCGCGGUCAACCUCUGCUAUGGACAACGCUACCAGUCAUCGUUCUUACGCUCUACCGCCUCUUUCGUGAAGCUGUCGUCUCAGCUCUCGUUGUUGAAACGCCGUUCAUGGAACUACACAAGUCUUCACUCGCCUCGCCUACCACGAUACAAAAGUCUAUAUAUCUUGAUUACCGUACAUCAUUCAGCAUUGUGGCAUGGUUCAAAGCCGUAAAGAACAAACACACCUUCCUGGGCCUCUGUAUGCUGUUUUCCUUCGUGGUAUCAAUUGCGCUAGUACCGCUGGUUGGAGGUCUCUUCAUCGAAGGAGAAGAGCUGUCUGCGACCAACGCAAAAUUCGAUCUACUCUCAAUCCUUGACACCACUACCGACAUUACCAUCCUCGACUAUGGUCGUCUCUUUGACGUGGUCUCUGCUUCCUGGGUCUACGCCGCUCCCUAUCCUUCUGGAACUGAGGGUAGCUUUCCUCUUCCGAGCAUCGCACCUGUGCAAGGCUUUCACAACUACACUGUCUCUUUGCCUGUAACUACGUCUCAACUUUCUCUCGAUUGCGAAAUCAUAAGCGAUGCAGAGUUCACUACAAAGACCGAGACGGAGAACAUAGCACUCCUAGCUUUCUCGGCUACGGAUCGCAAUUGCGCCAUCUUCGGAGACAUCGCAAUCGGUAAUAGGAACUCUUACUACCUUGGAGCUUUCACGCAGCAGGACUGUCCCGACGUCGCUGGUCGCACACGUGUGGUGCUCUUCUCCGUUCCCGUCAUUUCGACUGGCGAUAUGCAAGACCCGGCCUUGAUAUCCUGCAUUCCAUCGUACUGGUCUGUCAAUGGCACAGUAGGCAUCAUCAGACGUACAGACCUCGCCGGCGAAGUGACAGAAACGCCUUCUUUUUCUGCAACCUCUCGGCGGGUCCAGGAACUGCCCGAUCUCAAACGUCAGCAGUUUGAACAGGGUGUGAUGAGCGUACAAUCCAUAAACAUCGGAAGUACGGUCAAUGCGCCUGACCGCCUCGGAGAGUUGGUGGCUGGGUACGUCGAGAGCAGGAAUUUGAAGUUCACAUCAGAGAGUCUGAUUAAGGCUGCGAGCACUGUGUAUCCAGCGGUCUAUGUAAUGCUUUGCCUGGAUCACUUCUAUCCAGGCUUGGCGCAGCCUAUCCAGCGGGAGGGCGUGUUGCAUAUCCCUGAGAACAGACUGCAUGUCGUGGAGCCUGUGGCAAUCGCCAUGCUCCUUAUCCUUGCCAUACUCGUCGUCGAGAGCAUUUACCUUAUCGUCUACCUGCACAAGCACCCGAGCAUACUGGCAGAAGAGCCUGUUGGACUUUUCGGUGCUGCAAAUCUCCUCCAUGGCGGCAACAUUACAUCUCUAGUUGCGAAGUUCCAUCGCGAUCCUGAAUUCGACGGUCGUCUUCGACGGCCUGUUAAACCGGUCGACUACUACUGCGUCUAUUCCAGCCCGUUUAAACUUGUCAAUACCACAGGCAAGAAGCCCAAGACCGUAAACACGGAUGAUAGCAUAUUAAACGGGAAGUGUUGGGUAGACAGAGAGCCUGAAACAGGCCAACUGAAGAUCGUAGUGAAGCUUGAAGCGGACGAUGCCGAGUGUGCGCAACCUCUCCUCGAGCUUCCAAUUCCCGAACAGCAGGAUAUCCCCACUCCUGACCCAGCCCAUGCGCUGCGAUAUGCCAGAGGACAACGACCGUCAAAUGCAGCUCUAUUGGUAUAGUCUAUUGGUGAAUGUUGGAAACAUACCGACCAGGCUCGGCACACUUUUCCCACGAUAAACAAUGCAGAUGUACGCCAGCAGCAACCCCGAUUUUUGAUGGCGGCCCACGGAUGUCGAGGUGUGCAUGUGUCUCAGCUCUAUGCGCGGCAAAACAGUCUAGGUCUUUUGGUAGAUGCUUCAUCCCCUUUCUUUUAUAUCGGAGCAGACUGCUCCUUGGAUAGCCAAAAGACACCCCUGUCUUACAUAGACUUC